AAACUCACCAGAUACCACUUUGACCUCUCCUGCACGCACCACCAUGACAAAAGUCAAAGUCAAAGGCAAAGCUGCUGGGAAGAGAGGAAGAUCAGGAAGAUCAGCACAGCAACACUCUGCAAAAGAGUCAAAGAAACCAAAAUUGAUCACACUAAGAGCCUCCCAGUCAGAAGAGAGUGACAAUGAAGAAGAGGAACCUGAUGUACCACGUGAUGACGAUGAGAACAGUACAAGUGCGUUUGUGCCGGCCAGUCUGUGCUCACCCAAACCUGUGGUCCCAGAGGUGGAGGAGACCAUGGAAGAGCUUGACAUUUUGACCCACAUGCCUGAUGUGUUGGGUAUGUCCAAGAAUGCACUGUGCCCUGAUGCCUCAUGUGAGCAAGUACAAAAUGAAAGCGGCACUGUUGAACCCUGUGAGCAUCAGCUGGACCUGCUUGUUGAUGUAAUUGACUUCCUUUCGGAACAUACAGAAACAUCAGAGGAUGAAGGCUACAACGAGGCUGCUCAAACCUUGUUGGCAUUUGGAAAUCUGGCUAAUCUGUCCCAACCGACACAGAGUCAGGCAUCUAUGUCAGAUCACACAUCAAAAAUUGAAAGUCAAUGCAUUGAUGUAGAGUCUUCUUUGCAACUGGAAGAAUGCCCUCUGGCAGUUUCAGAACCAUCAACAACUGAAGUCAGCCCAACAGUACAGCUACCAUCAUCUCAUACUUCUGACAUACAGACAUUUACAUCUAGUGGGGAACUGUGUAGCAAACAAGAGAAGUUGUCACCUCUCAGGAAGGGAAGGUUUUCUAAGAUAAAACCUAAGCCUAACCUUGGUUCAAGGACUACAAAACUGCGCACACAGACUGUUGGUGGUGGUAUAGAAACCAAACAGGUUGAAUUUGAGACCACAAUAACCAGUCUGCCCCAGUUUUCAGAGCAACUGGAACCCACUUGGGCUGUGUCUGAACCAUCACAUGCUGAAAGCAGACCAACAGACGAUCCAACAAUAGUGAUGCCAUCGUCCUGUAUUUCUGAUAAACAAGUGAGCUAUGAAAAAUGUGGCAUACUGGAAACAGUCAUGUCUCCAAAACUCACAACAACUCCAGAGAGCUUAUCUUUGACUAAGGAGGAAACGGCAAUAAAACAAAAUGUCCUUUGUGAUUUAAGGACCACAGAACAAAUUGUUGAAGAAAGGGCACAGGUUUAUGAUGACAUUACAAGAACCAGUCAGCUCAGGUCUUUAGAAUGUCAGAAAGACUCUACUCAGCCUGUCUCAGAACAAUCCAACACUAAAAAUGUAACAUUACUCAGCACACCGAAUGAGAUGCCGGAAUCAUACAUUUCUGAAACACAAGUCAUCAAACCCAGUGAUGAACUUGAUUCGCCGAGUUCUAAAAAUCCUGCAAUGCCAAGAAAAGGAAGACUUUUCAAGCUUAAACCUAAGCCAAACAUUGAGUUUGCCUCAAGGGCUACAAAAAUGUCUUCAAAGUCAAGUGUUACCAAUAAGGAAAAAUGGCAGAUUGAGAGUGGAUUUGCAGCAACAGUUAAGCUUCAGCCACCUGCACUUUCAAUCUCAGAAUCUGUGACAGUAUCAUGUGAAGACAGCCCCCAGGCAUCAUUGACAUUUAAGAGCCAGGGGACAGAAAACUUUGAAACCAGUCAUUCACAAGAACAAACAGAGCUUGGAUCGCAAAGCAAAUUUCAAACACAUUUAGGCCACUUACAAGAGACAUGUGGUACACCAUCUGUCCAAUGUGCAGAGAAACAACCAAACCAACUCAAACCUGUUAAGAGUACAACUGUAGAGCUUGGAAACAUGCAUUCAACCCAUUCUUCAGAAGAGGAUAAAACUGCAAACGCCAGGCCUGUUCAGCAGUCACAGCCAGCCUUGGAAAGCUCAAAACUUAGUACGCCUCAAAGAAGGCGAUGGAUUCCAAAGGUUAAACCCAAUUUAGUGUUAUCACCCCGAACUAUAAAGUCAAAAGAGGAGUCUAAAGAAAAGAGCCAUGCAACUGUAAAAUCAAGUACUGUAGCUGCAACAUCUAAACAACAAACCCUUCAGGACUCUUCAACUGUACCACAUGAGUACAAAUCAGAAAAUGCUGAACCAACCUCAUCAAGUGCAGUCGCUUCAAACUUGGGGAUUUCAAUGGGCACCAUGGACACAACACAACAGGUUUCAAGUGAAUUAAAAACAAAUACCACAAAUAUCAAAUCAGCUUCUAUCUCUGAGCUGGAAUGUGCAACAUUUGAUUCCAGCAAAAGUGUGCAACAACCUCAGGAUACCAUUCUUAAUAAUACAGGCAUUUGUAAAAACAGCAAAGCCAUUUGCAAUAUUCACCCGGAAACCUCUGAAAUCUCCACUGGUCAUCCAAGACCAGUAGAUGGUGCUGUAGAACCUUCUAGUCUUCAACACAAUAAGGCUGCAGCUGCCCAGCCUUCAGGCUCCAAUAAUCCGCAGGACAGUUCUAUACAGAGCAACUUCCAAUACCAGAAUCUAUUUCCCAGCAUGUUUCCAGAUCACAUCCCAUCUGAUCCAGAUGAGCCAUUUUUCAUUCUCUCUCUGACUGAGAUACCAGUCUGUCCAGUAGGGGAAGCCGUGGAGUCUGCACCCAAGUCUUGUCUUCCUCUACCAGUAAUGGAGGCACAGGAAAGAAAUCCUGUUGAGCCUGUGGUGCCACCUGCUCCAGGAAUUGACAUCUCUCUCUCUAACAUUCACAUUCCAACACCAGAAAAAGCAGCUCUUAGAUCUGACCAUAUUUCUGUAGAAGAGUAUUUGCCAUCUGCACCCUCUUUUGACAUAAGCAUACUGGAAGAGCAUCAAGAAAAGCCUUCAGUUCGAAGACUAAUUUUACCAGAGGCAGGGGACAAUAGGAAUAGUAAUAUAAUGAAUACUUCACCAACAGGGAGCCAUAUUGCCGUUGGAGGUGCUGUUGAUACGAAAACAAACAGUAGAAGACUGACGAGAAAGGCUGCUGCCAAGGAAGCAACCAAGCAUACAGACAUAACCCAGCAUCUUGCACAAGUUGAAAGAAGUGUAGAGAAGAUUCCACGUAAUAUUGAAAGUGCAUCGCAGAAAGAAAGUGAUGGCUCUUCAGUGACCAGUAAAAUAAAGAGGAAGUCUGCUGAGAAAAGUGGGAAUAAAGGGCAAAAUAGGAAAAACUUUAUAUCAAAUGAAGCUAAAAUUGACAACUCACAACAGACAAAAUCUGCAACAGUAAAAUCACCUGAAGUACUUUCUCUGGACAGUUUGAAAGAUUCCUUGUCAUGCAGCACAGUCCCGGGGUCAACACAAGAGUCUAACCAACAAAGCAGUUUACAUGGUACAUAUGAGCUUUUUGUCUCCCAAAGUGACUCGAUCGAGAGCAGUCUUUUAGAGGAAGAACCCACCAAUGUGUCACAGUAUUUCAUCAGUGACGUCUUUACAGAAGUGGAAAGUGAUGAUUGUCUAGUCACUGCAAAAUCAAAUAAUACUGGCACUGGGCAAACGGCAGAGACAACAAGAAAUAAAAGGGAAAAUAGAAAAACUGUCAAUGAGCCACGUUGUCCACUGGAGGGAUCACUUGAAGUUUUGGAAGAGCAACUCCCAGAAGUGUCAGUUACUAAAGAAGAAACUUCCUUAGUUAGUUCAGUUAAAAUUCCAUCUGCAUUCUCUGUCAUUGAAACCACAUUGGAUCUCAGCCAAGCAGGCACUAAAAAAACAAGAGGGAAAGCAAGUUCUAAUAAAAAAAACAAAGCCCCAUGUGAAAGCUUAAAGUCACAAAGGAAAUUUAAAGAGGCGUUAAAAUCUCCUGAAGCGAUUUUCAUUGAUACAUUGGAAGAAACUGAGUCAACCAGCUCCAUGGUACAACCUCAAGAACAGCGGAGGAGUCUGCGAUGUGCCACAGAGUUUCCACUGUCUAAAAAUGACUCAGAUGUGAUCAACUUAUUGGAUGAAGAACUCACCAGUGUGUCCCAAUAUCGAGUAGAGGAUGCUUUCGCAGGGGUGGAAAGUGGCAAUAGUUCAGUCACAGGGAAAUCGAAUAAAGAAAAAGCACCAGCUCAAACUUCAGAAACAAGAGGGAAAACCAGUCAUAAAAGAAGAACAAAAACUUCAAAUGGUCCCCCAUGUGCGCAACAUGACCCACUGACUGAAGGACAAUCAUCAGAAGCAUCAGUUGCUAAUGAAACUGAAAAAAAUGUGAAUCUAAACCAAUCUCAAACAGAGAAGACUAAAGGAAAAGAGCAAUACAAUAGGAAUAAUAAAGCCACUUUUAAAGCCAUGGGAUCACAGCCUCAAAUGCAACGUAUAGCAGCACUAAAGUCCCCUCAAACUCCUCAUACCAGAUCUGCCAUGGAUCAGCCUCAGCUUCCACUCCCCCAUCAAAGUGACACAAAGGAGAGCUCUGAUGAUGAACCAACCAAUGUGUCACAGUAUUUCCUAAGUGACGUUUUUACAGAAGUGGAUGAGGAUUUAAGGUCGUAAGUUAGACACUGGAUCAAGACCUACUUUUCCUGUUUUAUUAAAUUUUUGUUGUGUUGUAAUUUAUUAUGAUUUCAUGUUUUACCUUCAAGUUUGUAUAGUACUAUGUACAGUAUGCACAGUAGGCCUAUAAUUGGUCAGAAACAUCAAGUUAUUUCUCAAAGUGAAUUUAUAGCAAGAAAUUGUUAUAUUUUAUUAAAAAGGAAGUUGUAAA